CGGAACAAUUUUCACAUUCAUCACUGGAAUCAUCAUCAUCCAUUUGUGAAUAUAUUGUGAUUAUUGCAUAAUUUAAAGAAAAUCAAAUCAAAUUGUUCGUGCGUGUGUAUGUGUGAAUUUUUUUUUUACAAAUCGAAAAACGAAUUAAAUUCAAAAAAAAAUGGCAUCCGUUACAAUUGUAAUGCCAAAUAAUAAUGAUACAAUUUCCUGUUCACCGGGUCCACCUCCUGCAUAUGAACCAUCUGAUGAUAAUAAUAACCGGACGACAACUACAACCGGAACUUCAACAACACCAACAACAACAACAACUACAUUAACCAAUAGUGGUCAAAAUAGUCGACGUAAUCGUAGUAGUAGCAGUAGUAAUAAUAAUAAUAAUAAUAAUUUUCGAUUGUCAAUGUCUCCAAGACAUCAACAACAACAACAACAAAUUUAUCACCACCAUCAUCGAUUAUUUCAUCAUUAUAACCAUCACAAUCGUUCACCAUCUCCAACAUUAUCAUCAUCAUCAUCAUCAGCGGCGGCGGCAGCGGCAACAGCGAAUGAAAAAAGUCCAUUUUUAAUAGUGAAAAUUUUAUUAUUUUCAUUAAUGACCAUUGAUUUUGCAAUGAAUACCAUUGGUUUAGCCGUCAUUAUUGUGAUUGUAAAAAAUCAUUAUAAUAAUUUUAUCGUUGAAAGAUCAUUUAUAAUACGUUCAGAAUUGGUGGCUGCUGCUUCUCCAGCUCAUACUAAUCAUCAUGUAAAUCCUUUUUCAUCUUCACAUCAUCAUCAUCAACAGUCGUUACCAUUGAUGGGUAAUGGUGAUAUACCAACGGGUGAUUUUCUUUCAUCAUCAUCAGCUAAUCAACAAUCUGAAUGGUCUCUAUUACUACCUCUGUUACCAUCAUUUAUAUUUGCUGAAAUUCUUACAUUAAUAGGAAUGUUUGGUGUAUUUUGUGAUUUAUUUAGUUUUACAAUGACAUAUGCUAUACUUAAAUUGAUCACAUCAUUAUGUUAUCCAUCAAUGGCAUCGGUUGCCGCAGUUGCUGCAAUGGCAUCAGCCACAUCUUCAUCUGCGUCAUCGCCAUCAUCAUUAUUAUUCAACUCAGCGUUUCCACUGAAUCCGAUAAAUUUGUCCACAACAACGACAAUGGCACCUUCGUUGGUUCCAAUUGUAUUGCCAUUUCCGGUGAAUGACAACGAUGAUGAUGAUGAUGGUACGAAUGUGACAAGAACUACUAACAUGACCAUUACCAACACUAAAACAACGACGAUAAAACCUACAGCUCAUAUAUUUUAUGAUCUUCAAUCCAAUAUUCGUCAUCGUCGUGUUCUUCAUGGUGGUAUUGGUGAUUUGUCAUUAAAAUCGUUGCCAUUAAUCAUCAAUAAAAGUGAUAUUUCCAUUAAUUCUUCUGAUGAUGUUGUGGAUCAAGAAUUGAUUGAUCAAAAAACCAUAACAACAACGCCAUUACCUAUUAGUGCGAAUAAUGAUGAAGAUGAUGAUGAUGAUGAUGAUCGUCGAUUUACAACAUCAAAACCUGCAAAUGAACAAAAUGAUACAAAGAUCGUUGGUGGUGGUGGAAAGAAUCAAUUAAAUAAUAAUCCUGGAUGGCUAAAAACAUAUGAAAUGAUGUUGAACAAUAAUAAAGAUUUACGACAAAUGAAAAAAAGUGAUCGUUUAGCUAAAUUGAAAGCACGUGAGAAACAGAUUCGUAAUCGGUUAUUACGAUUGGAAACAAUCGAUACUAAAAAUGGAUAUGAAUCGAACAAACAAAAUGACACCAAUCCUCAAGCUUUAUCACCACAACCAUUGAUAUUUGAUGGCCAUCAUUAUCAUCAACAUUAUCGUUAUCGUCAGCCACAACCAUCAAUGUUAACAGUGACAAAUAAUCUUCUCAAUCAACAACAACAACAACAGCGGUCAAUGGCCACAAUGAAUAAUCCACAUUAUCGUCUAUUAUCAUCAUCACCAAUAGAUUCAUCACAUCAGCAACAACAAACAAAUUAUUAUUCAUCAAAUCAUAUUAAAUAUCAUCAUCGUGUUUGGGAUGCAUUAUUAGUUACAUUCGAAGUUAUAUUUGCUGUUGCAUUUGCAUUUAAUUUACUAAGUCAUAAACGUGGUGCUGCUACUGGUACUAAUCAUCGACAACAAACAUCCGGUGGUCUAUUUGAAGAUGGAUAUUUUCUUGAUCCAAUCGUUUGGGAUGAUAUUGAUGUCGAAAAUAAUGGUGAUAUAUCUAAUACUGGUUCAUCAUCAUUAACUCAACAACAACGUAGACUUCGUGGUCAUAUUCGUAAUAGUGGACAUUAUCGAAAUGGAAAUGGUCGUCAACAUUACCAUAAUUAUUCAUCAUCAUCCACAAAUUUUUGGCCAUAUUCACCAUUAGCAACAAGCAUUGAUGCAUUCUAUUUUGCAUAUUUCCGUUUACCACCACCGCCUCCAUCAUAUUUUUGUCAACGUAAUAUAUCGGCAUUAUCAUCAACAUCAACUACGACGAUGACAACGACAACAACAACGAGACCAACAGCUGCUGUUCCAGGAACAGUAACAACAAUGUGUGUGGCAUCUUCUUCUUCUUCUUCUUCUGACAACCAACAACAACAAUUGAAUCCAUCGACAGUUUUGAAUCAAAAUUUACCACCAUCAUCAUCAACAGCAACAUCGUCGAACAAUAGCCAUAGUAAUAACGAUCGUCGAUCAAGGAACAACAGCAACAAUAAUCGUCGUCAUAGCCGACAUUCUCGACACCAUCAUCAUCAUCAUCAUCACCAUCAUCAACACCAGCAUCAUCAUAAUCAGUCAGCACAUCGCAAUAAUCAUAAUAAUAAUAAU